CCUUCCUCCCGGCCGCGAGGGGAGGAGCGCGGCGAUGGGCAUCUUCUUUUCCAUCUUCGACACUUCCGUGGACCUUUACGAAGUCGAAGCCCGGGAGCUGGACAAGUUCAUCCACGACCGCCUCCAGCCCGACGAGGCCUUCCUGAGGCAGGUGCGCAAUGCCAUCCACAUAGUCUGCGAGUUCCUGAAGGCGAGAUGCUUCUCGGACGCCUCCUGCCCGAUCGACCCACGGCCCCGGGUGCUGAAGGUGGUCAAGGGAGGCUCCUCGGGCAAAGGGACAGCUCUGAAAGGAGGUUCGGAUGCCGACCUGGUGGUGUUUCUUGACAUCUUCAGAGGCUACAGAGACCAGGAAAGAGAGAGGAGCAAGAUCAUCCGGGAGAUUGAAAGAAGGCUCAGAGAAUGUCAGCAGCUUUUGAAUUCAGAUGUGUGCAUUGAGCGAACAAAGUACAAAAAUCCACGUGUUCUCACUUUCAAACUUCAGUCUUACUCUUCUGACGAUUCCAUUGAAUUUGAUGUGCUGCCAGCUUUCAAUGCUCUGGGCCACUAUAGGAAUGGCAGUAGGCCCGACCCCCAGGUGUACCUCGACCUGAUCCGGAGCAGCCGCGGCCAGGGCAGCCAGUUCUCCCCCUGCUUCACGGAGCUGCAGAGGGACUUCGUCAGAGAUCGCCCCCCCAAGCUGAAAAACCUCAUCCGGCUGGUGAAACACUGGUACAAGCAGCUGCCGGGCAGAAAGUCGCUGCCCCCCAAGUAUGCGCUGGAGCUGCUGGCCGUCUAUGCCUGGGAGCACGGAAGCCACGGAAACUAUUUUGACAUGGCGGAAGGGUUCCGGACGGUGCUCUGGCUCCUGCAGCAGUACAAGCAGCUCUGCAUCUUCUGGACCAGAUUCUACGACUUCGAGAACAGGGAGCUCAGGCAGUUCUUGCAGAGCCAGCUCCGGAAAUCAAGCUGCAAGUACCCUGGGAAGAGGACUCCUGCUGCGCCAUCCUGUGAGGGAAUCCCUUUCAGCCUCACGAUCGGAUUACGUUUUGUGGGUGUUCUGGGGAGAGCCCCUUACCUGGUUUCGCAAGUCAUUUCUGUGAAAAGGGACGGGGGGAUAUCUUGAGAUCAGGGUUUUGCUGUCUAAACUCAAAGGCCUAAAGCAUCUCCUGGGGUUUCUGUUAGUUGACACUUGAGCCGAGCACAGAAAUGGCGCUGGGCCAGCGACUGGACUGUGCCCCCCGCAUUCCAACUAGACCGCACCAGCAGAUUCCAGCCUGUGGGAGCGCAGUCGGAGCGCUUCUUCACCAAGGCCAAGUCAAGAAGGCGCCGUCCCCAGGAGGGGCUUGGCGGCAGAUUCAAAGGCAUGUGCCUGUCUCU